AAUCCAAAAUACAGGCAAAAUGAAAUACGAAAACGUGGGAUAAAAAUCUGUCAAAUUAUAUUUUUAUUCAUCUUUUAUUGAACUUGUUAGUAUUUCAAGAUGGAUUUUAUUGUGGAUACAGUGGGAGACAAUGAGCUCCACUUGGCCUCAGAGCUCGAGGAUGAAAGAGAAAAACCGAUAUUUGAAGACAAAUCAGCCAGAUUUGAGAGCAUCCUAGCCCUGUGUCAGUGCAAGAAAGAAGAAAUGGACGCCAUCAUUUCCAAAAAAGAGGAAGUCCAGAAGAAGUUAUGCCCUAAAACGGACGCCAUGUUUGAAAACUUCUUUGAAGAAAUGAACUGGACAAGUGUAAUUAAGAAAAAGAAGAAAUCAUUGAGAUUCCAUUUUGAACAGCUAGAUUUAGAAACAGGUAAACUGAAGUCUCAGCUGAGUGUGGUGGAUAUAGAUAAGGAGAUGAAAAAGUCAGUGCUGAAAGCCGGCCUAGAGCAGCAGCACCGGCUCCCGAAAUACACCGUCAGCGCUAAGAAGUUGAGGCUCAUACGGAAGAAGGAAAGAGCCAAGACUAAGGGCCCCGGCUGGUUUGACCUCCCCGCUCCGGAGGUGACAGAAGAGUUGAAGAAUGACCUGCAGGUCUUGAAGAUGAGAUCUGUGCUGGACCCCAAGCACUUCUACAAGAAGAAUGACAUGGAAGUCCUGCCCAAAUACUUCCAGGUUGGCACAGUCAUGGAUUCUUCACUAGACCACGUAAACGAGCGUCUCACGCGCAAACAGCGCAAGCGCACCAUGGUGGACGAGCUGCUCGCAGACUCAGAGUUCCAGAAAUACAACAAGAGGAAAUAUAAAGAGAUCAUCGUCGAGAAACGGAAGUCCGAGUACAAAACUUUCAUGAAGGAUAAGAGGCAGAAAAACAAAGCGGAGCUUAAGAAUAAUAAAGUUAAAGGGAAGAAGAGUAAGAAUUGAAUUAAUGUAAGUGCUAAAUAAAAUAUUAUAAAUA